CUUACAUUGGGGAGGGACACGGACCCGGAAGUGCGCAAAUUGUAAACACAGCUGUGAAGCUUUGGCUGUUGUUAACGUUACUUUCACAAAGAUGGUGUACGUGUCCAACGGUCAGGUCCUGGACAGCAGGUCCCAGUCACCAUGGCGACUGUCCUUACUGGUUGAUCUCUUCUGGGGAGCAGUGGAAUUCAUCGGCCUGUUUUUUAAGUCAAUUGUUCACCCUGACAUGACAAAGGAUGGAAACUGUGGUUCGUCACGCUUUUCUGAUGGCAGAGGUCCUCCAGGUCCCCCUGGUGGCAGAAGACGGAUGGGAAGAGUAAACCACAGUGCAGGUCCCAACGCUCCACCAAUGGGUGGAGGAGGAUGAGGAAGGUAAAUGCCUACACUGAAUGUGUAGGCGUGGGGCCUGGCACGGCGUUCAUUUGCUAAGAACCUGAAGAACGAUGGUGAUGUCACAGUGCUGAAGCCCCU